AUGUAUAAGCUUUUUUCUCUAAAAAAGAAAGUUUGUAACAGUAGCGCGCAGGCCAGCUGCACCAUUAGCCGCCAGGUUCUCCAAUCUCCACGCAUAGACGGGCAAACGGAAAAGUUCGUCCUCUUCUCCUUGAAUCGGCUUUCUCCCAACUCCCGGUUGCUGCUGCUGCUGAAUCCGCGAAUCUCCGGUUGCGCCGCCAUGUCGUCGAUCGCAAGAUUGAGGCCAGCUUUUCUUCUACUUUUACUGCAAUUCUGUCUCUCGGUUCUAUCUCCUGCGCUUGCGAUCUCAACUGGGUCAGUCGAUGGUUACACCAUCAAUGGCCGAAUUAAGAUCCCAGUAGCAAUUGGUGCUCUUGGGAAAAUAUCAAAUGUCAAAGUGAUAUUGAAUGGUGGACAAAAUGUUACCUUUCUGAGACCUGACGGAUACUUCUCAUUCCAUAAUGUUCCAGCAGGAACACAUUUGAUUGAAGUUUCAGCAACUGGCUAUUUCUUUUCUCCGGUCCGAGUUGAUGUUAGUGCCAGAUUCCCGGGCAAGGUUCAGGCAGCAUUGACUGAGAACAGAAGAGGUCUGACUGAGUUGGUGUUGGAGCCAUUGAGGGAAGAAUAUUACUACGAGAUUAGAGAACCCUUCUCCAUAAUGUCACUAGUCAAAAGCCCCAUGGGACUCAUGAUAGGAUUUAUGCUUGUUGUGGUGUUCUUGAUGCCCAAAUUGAUGGAGAACAUGGAUCCUGAAGAAAUGCAGCGAGCACAAGAGGAAAUGAGGAGCCAAGGCGUUCCCUCUCUGGCGAACUUUUUGCAGCCAGCUGCUACUGCUAGGAGUGGUUAGAGAUUUUAGUUACUAUUUACUGAUUUCAAUAAUUUAUGUUCCAAUUCGGCCCUGGUUGAUCCCAAAGUCAACUAUUGUACGAAAAGUAUGUAUCCCAUAGCGUUGCGAAAAUUUCAUAGUCACUGGGAAUGCAAGAAACUAUAGAAUAGCGUAGUUCUCAUCUUCAAAUGAGUGUUCUGUUUCUGUAAGGAAUACCAGCCCCUAUUCUAAUGUUGCACGAGAGAGAUUUAGUGUAAGAAAGUUGAGUAUAAUGGUGGCAUGUUGGUUGGGUACAGUAGAAAGUUGAAGGUGAUUGAAUUCCAUCGCUCAUAGAGUUGGC